GCUUCGUGGUGGGUGUAUCAUCGUCACAUCCGGAGCAGCUCUUCCUCUCGCAGCAUGACGUCGCGCCCACCGCUGCCGUCGACCACGUCGUCCAUGAGCCUCGUCGCGGGUCCGAGCGAGCUCGAGUACGGCGUCUACGGCCGCGUGCUGUUCUGCGGCCAGCUGGAGAAGCGCCGCGACGGCGCCGUGCGCGGCGGCUGGGCCUCGCGGCUCUUCGUCCUCACGCCCGAGACGCUGCACUACUACCGCAAGGCCACGGAGUUCGAGCUGCUGGGAGAAGAGCGCGGACACAUCGCGUUGUCCUCCAUCACGAGGGUGCGCGCCAUGCCCGAGGAUGAAGCGCCCUACUCGUCGAUCGAGCCGGGGGUAGAGCACUACUACCUCGAGAUCUGCACGGAAGAUCGGCUGUACUUGAUGCGCACGCCGAUUCGCGAGGCGUCGACGUGCGAGAGCUGGUCGAUCGCCAUCGAGGAGCAGCGCAAGGUGCUACGAUCUGGGAAGGCGAAUCAACGUGAGUCCUCCUCAAACUCUGUCCCCUUUCCGGAGGCGUUGCCCAGCCCCACCCUGCUUGCACGCAACCAUGAACUUUUCUCCCAUUUCGUAAAGUAUAAAAGCGUCCUCCUGUUUGCGAACGAACAGGAAGCGUCGCCGCCGCGCGUGGCCAUGGUCUCGGUCGUGCACGUGAGCGAGCGGGAUGCGCGUCCUGCGGAGAAGGUGAUCAAGCGGCGGACCGAGUGGGGCGAAAAGCUGGACCUCGGCGUGAUCCCCCAGGGAGGGGCGUGCGUCAUUUUGCUCCAAGAUGGCGGCCUCGGCCGCAUUGGCACUCAGGCGCUUAUGAGCAGCUGGGACGCCGGACGCGUGUGCUGGAUUGAAGUCACCGACGCCGAAUUCCCCACGGAGAUCGAAGUCUCGGUAACCUGCAAGGUGCUUUCUCAAGAGACCAAGUUGAAGUCGCCCAAGCCCCAAAGCGCCCAGGAGGGUCACCCGAAGUGGGUGGAGUGGGUGGACGAAGGCUCCAGCAUUGGCUUCCUGCUCAUGUGCCUGUUUGUUCACCUGCUGUACGGCGUGGACGGCUUCCACUGGUCGCACAAGUGCUGCCUCACGGUCGGUGCUGCACUCGCGAUAUCGACGAUCCUCAACGGAUCGACCAGAAACUCUCCGACGCCAGCGCCCACGCCUAGACACUCCAGCCCGACGAACUUCCUACCCAAGCUGCAGUUCACUCUCACCGUUCAUCGCUGCCGGAUAAAGAUGGAGGGCACGGAGUACAUUUACCCGCAAGCGAGCGGCGACAAGAAGUAG